AUGGCAGGAGUAUAUACGCUCGAGGCGAUCACUGCAGAGCUGGCUGGUGAUGAUAAAGUGAAGCUCGCUGGAGUAGAUGUGGAUGGGCAACUGCGCGGGAAGCUUAUAUCCAAAAAGAAGUUUUUAUCAGUUGCAGAAUCUGGUUUCGGGUUUUGUUCUAUAGUUUUCGGAUGGGACAUGCAUGACAAAACAUACUUUCGCGAACUUCUCAUAUCCAACGCCCAGAACGGAUACCGUGAUCUUUUAGCGAAGGUAGACCUCCAAAGCUUCAGAAGAAUACCCUGGGAAGAUGCUGGGGGGGAUCAUACGAGCGGCUCACACGGCGUGCCAUUCUUUUUGGUUACUUUUCAUGACCCUGUCUCAGGGCAACCGGUACCACCUUGCCCAAGAGGGCUAUUAGGGACUGUUGUGAGUAGAGUGGGAGAGAAGGGGUGGAAAGCUAUGGCUGGAGUCGAAUACGAAUUUUUCAACUUUCAGGAAACUUCAAAAAGCGUAAAGGCAGGAAGCGGGAUAGAUCUAGAGCACCUGACACCAGGAAUGUUUGGCAAGAAAUUCAAUAUCCCAAUAGAGGGUUGGCAUACAGAGUCAGGACCUGGAGUUUACGAAGCUGCUUUGGAGUUUGGGGAGGCCUCACUGAUGGCUGAUCGAGCCAGUUUAUUCAAAUAUGUUGUCAAAGCGUUAGGGUCGAAAUAUGGCAUAAUGCCAUGUUUCAUGGCAAAGCCAAAAGAAGGGUUGCCUGGAAAUUCAGGACAUAUGCACAUAUCCCUGGUCGAUUCGGAAGGCAAAAAUCUUUUUGCUCGGUCUGAGCCCGACACAAACCCUCCAUAUUCAGAUGUAUCACACCUUUCCGAUUUAGGGCGUCAUUUUUUGGCAGGAAUGUUGGAAGGCCUUCCAUCUAUAAUGCCUAUACUAGCGCCAACAGUAAACUCCUAUAAGCGCCUGGUUGAAAACUUCUGGGCACCCGUAACUGUGUCUUGGGGUCUUGAGCAUCGUGCAGCUUCCAUACGUCUCAUAGCUCCACCGACAGCCUCACCAAAAUCCACUCGCUUCGAAAUACGAACUCCUGGGGCGGAUGCUAAUCCGUUUUACGUUCUCAGUGCGAUCCUUGCCGCGGGCUUGCGCGGUAUCGAGAAAAUGAUCGAGCUCACAACCCCCCCUCUCGGAAAGGGCAAUGAAACUGGGGGCGGGGAGCGACUGGCAAGGAAUCUAAUGGAGGGUGUUAGGAAGAUGAAAGAAGAAGGAAGUGUAGCGCGAGAGGUACUUGGAAAUGAUUUUGUGGAGCAUUUUACAGGAACCAGAGAACAUGAGUGGCGGCUUUGGGAAGAGGCGGUGACGGAUUGGGAAGUUAAAAGAUAUGUUGAGACAGUUUGA